AUGGCCGAGAACUGGGUGAAUCAAAACAGAGAUGUUACAGAAGGUUUACAGGCACUUCUUAAGGAGUACGACGAAGGUGGCGGAAGUGGAGCUUACGAGAUGGCAACUCUCAGGGCGGCUUUCGCGAACUGGAUACCAUUCGAUCACGAAUUUUUCCACCGACACUUCUCAAUGUUCGCGACUGAAGCAGUGGCGAUGGAUCUUAGAGCAAACAGAUUCUGCUACCCGAUUGGAGGAAUACCACCAGACCCAAGUGUGCCAAUCGGAGACACACCGCCAUAUAUUCAACCAACGCAAUUACUUCAGAACGUUCAGCAUUUCGGAGAACGAAACAGGCAAGGAGGUCAAGAGGGAGAAGGUGAAGUCGAGAGAAGAGAAGGUGAAGGAGGAGGAGAUCAGAGAGAGAGGAAUGAAGAGAGAAGAGAAGAUAGAAACAAUGAGUCUAGAGAAGAAAAUAGGAGGAGAAAGAGAGAUAGAAGAAGUAGAGAAGAUAAUUCAUCAUCAGACGAAUCACAAUCAGGAACUCAAAAGAACAAAAAUCAUGUAUGGUCUUUCAUCAAAAACAAGAACAAUGAAGAUCAACCUUUACCUCAAGAAGCACUCGACAUGAACAAACUCAUUAAGGAGUACAGAGACAACAACUUGUUUGAUGCGGUGUUUAACUUCGUUUGGUACUCGGGAAAAUCUCACAACUUUCCAGAUGCGUUGGUUCAAGAUCUUCUUCAGUACAAGUUCAUUGAUCUGGAAAAAAUCAACGCGGGACCAAUUACCCCGAAUUUCAGUUUGGCAUCAAGAUCGAAAGAUUCAGACCCAGCAGCAAAAAUCAAACCGAAGCCGUUUGUUGAAGCUACCGAAUGGAGAGAUGCGGUGUUUUACUUGGUGGAAUCCCUCAGUCUGGCAUUUGGUUGUGCUGAAGAAUCAUUCAAGAAGUAUGAAAAGCAUCUUCGUAUUAUGGAAAGGACUUUCCGCGAAAGGGGAAACUGGCGAGACGUUAUACCGUACGACAUUGCUUUACGUCAAGCGUUCGCCACACGUAGACAUCUAUCCUUUGCAGACUAUGCAAGUGACGAACUCUCACAUCUCAAACAUCUGGCACUGGCAGAUAAAGAGAAGUACAGAGGAAAUUCAACCUACGAUAAGUCAUACGCACACACUAGUCCACAAGUCCCUAGAGCAUCUUCUUCUAGAUUUAAAUCCGACAAGAAACCAAAGAUGGAGCACCCCUGGGCCGGUAAGGUCAAGGAUACGAAAAACCUCCCAAUAUGUCAACAGUUAUGUGGAGGGUGGAAUCUUAACAAAUGCCACAACGAUAAAUGCCCAUCAGGACGAAUUCAUAACAUGUGCGACUUUAUUAACUGCUACGAGUCUCAUAAGCGCAUCACUCAUAAAAAUUGA